UUAACAAUCUUCAGACAUUACAACAUGGCGGCAAGAUUUCCUGAAGGAAACCAAGUUCAGCUCCGACUUAGAAAAGGUCAUAACAGGAUAUGGUCAUGUGACAAGCAUGGUGAGCAAAUCAAAUUUUACUGUAAGAAACACAAAAUUCCCAUAUGCCAUCCAUGCGCUACCAAAGAUCACAGUCAGAAACCAUGUACGUUAGACGACAUCGAGGAUGUCAUCUUCGAAAGGAGGAGACAACUGAAUGAACAAUUCCCAAAAAUACAGGAACUUCAGAAACAAAUUGAAGCCCUCAACACGAAAAUAAAGGUUUUAUCAGCGUCUGGAAGUACUCAUUUUCGGACAAUUGACAACAACAUUCAAGCAUCAUAUCACGACAAGAUCGAAUCUGUUGGAGAAAAGGAGAACAGGAUGAUUAGGGUAAUCAACGAGGAGGCAGAUGAGGAAAUAAGACUAGUAAAUGAGAACAGAGAAAAAAGGAUCAAUAAUUGCACUCUCGAGAUGGAAAAGGAGCGAAAAAUCAUCAAAGACAAGGAGAAGGAACUUCUAUUAGAUGCAAAGAAAAUCAGCGAAGUCGUUUUUAUGAAGAUCAAAGAUAUUACUAAUAAGAAUCGGCAUGUAAUUAACACUUUGAUGAACAUUGAAUCAACCAUCUCACGUAUAAACCAACAUGACGAAACAUUGUUGAAGGAAGCUCCUCAAGUACUGGCAUCUAUUGAUGAAAAUUUAAGUUUAAAUGUUCAUCAAGAUGUUAGCGAUUGUCUUGACCGAAUACAGAGUGAAGUUGAGAGAUUGGAGUUUGUAGAGGGGACAGUAGGUGGGGAAUACUAUGGUAGAAUUGAUGGUUAUAUCGGUAAAUGGGAACUUGUCAAGUCAAUCCACAUUCCAUCGGUUGUUAACAAGCCGUGGGUGCGUGGUUUGGUCGGUGAGGAUGAGAUAUGUGUGCAAGACGGAGAUAACAAUGCCAUGUAUGUUACAAACAUCAACACUCAACACACAGAGAAAGUCAUUGAUGGAGGUGAGUCGAUGACAUCAUGUACACCCAUAGACAGUAACGUAAUAGUAUGUGGUAAGGACAGCGAUGAUUGCAUGGGUGACAGGUUGGAUGGAUGCAUCACUCUCUAUGACAGACAAUGGAAGGUGAUUAGAGACAUCAGCAUACCAAGGAAUGGGUACGAUAGUGUGUAUGUUGAUGUUGACAGGGAUUGGAUGAUCCUCGCUGCGGAGUACUAUCAGUGUAAUAUCUAUGUCAUCAAUCCUGCUAAUGGUAAGAUAGUAAACACUAUAAAGAUGCAGGGUAAGAAGGUGAGGGGUGAGAUACAAGCCUUGUCAUCAGGUGAUAUCGUUGUGAAUACAGGUAACAAUAGAUACACUGUCAUCUCACGAUCAGGGGGAGAGAAGGCUGUCAUACACUGUGAUGAGUGUCGCGUUGGCAAACUGACAGACACACUCUACAUCGCGUACUAUGAUGGAGCACGUAAUACCAUCGCAGUUGAUCAGGCGUCACAUGAUGGUAUCAUCCAGGCAAGGAGGAUCGUGGAAUACGAGGAAUCAGAUCGCACUCUCUUCAUGAACCCUUGUCUCGUUACUCCUUUUGGUACCCUUGUAGGAUGUGAUGGAGACAAACUUCUUAUCUACAAGAAGACAUUCAUCUUGUAA